AUGGUCAAGUCACGCGUCUCGAGGGGUAUGCUCCUCACCAACAAUCUGCCCCAGCUGCAGAACCUGGUCAAGCGUGACCCUGUCGCGUACAAGGAGGAGUUCCUUGUCCAGUACAACCACUACCAGUCGCUCCUGCGCCUGCAGACCGUCGCCCCUGUGGCUGGUGCAUCGACGCAGAAGGACAACAAGUCCACAGAGCUCUUUGCCGACCUCAUCAACUUUGUCUCGCAGACUGCCCAAUGCUACCCGGUCGAGACCAAGGAGCUCCCCGCGCAGCUCAGCGCACUCCUCCUCGGUACUGGCGGCAUCAUGGCCGUGAAGGGUGACCUGCGCGAGACCGCUGUCAAGAACCUCAUUAUGCUCCGCAACAAGGAUGUCAUUGACUCCAUUCAGCUUCUCCAGACUCUUCUCCCUCUCCUUCCUCACGCGGGCAAGGAGCUGCGUUCUACCAUCCGCAAGACCAUCCUCACGGAUCUCAAGGUCUCCAACCAAAAGUCCAAGAACCACCGUCUCAACCGCGUCGUCCAGGGCCUCCUCUUCAACAUUAUUGAGGCCGGUAUGGGCGCAGAGGUCGUCGGAAACAAGGGCAAGGGCAAGGGCAAGGAGGUCGGUGGUGAGGCCAUCUGGGCCGUCAUGAUGGUGCGCGAGCUGUGGCGCAAGGGAGUGUGGACCGACGCCAAGACUGUGUCGAUUGCCGCCCUCGCUGCGUUCCACCCCAACACCAAGGUGCAGUCGGCUGCCAUUCACUUCUUCCUUGGCUCGGAGACCGACGACGGCAAGGAGGACGACACCACGGACGAGGAAGACGCGUUCCGUGAGGCUCGCCGUAACAUCAAGGGCAUGGAGCACCGUGGAGGUGUCAACAAGAAGACGGGCAAGAGGAGACGUGAGAUGAUCACUGCCAACAAGAAUGCCAACAGGAAGAGGAAGCAGAAGGAGGCUGCCGUUGGCAACAACGCCAACUUCCCCGCUCUCGAGCUCCUCCACGACCCCCAGACCUUUGGCGAGAAGAUGUACGACAACCUCAACCGCCACGACAAGCAGUACUCGCUCGAGCACAAGGUGCUCAUCAUGCAGCUGCUCUCGCGUGUCAUGGGUGUGCACAAGCUCUGUGUCCUCGGCUUCUACACCUACGUCAUCAAGUACCUCACCUACCACCAGCUGCAGGUCACUCUCAUCCUCGUCUCGCUCGCCCAGUCGGUGCACGACCUCACCCCUCCCGACGUUCUCACUCCUGUGAUCCGCAAGAUUGCGCAAGAGUUUGUCCACCCCGGUGUCGGUGCCGAGGUUAUCGCCGCUGGUAUCAACGCCAUUCGCGAGGUGUGCCGCAGGCAGCCGUGGUGUAUGGAAGAGGACCUCCUUGGCGACCUUAUCGAGUACAAGAAGUCCAAGGACAAGGGUGUGGCCACCGCUUCCGGUGGUCUGCUCCAGCUGUUCCGUGAGGUCAACCCCGGCAUGCUCAAGCGCCGUGACCGCGGAAAGGCGGCAGCAAUGGGUCUCGUCAACGGCCAGGUCGCGGCUUACGGUCGCACGCAAGAAGGUGCCGACGGUAUCGAGGGUCUCGAGCUUCUCGAGGAGCACUGGGCCCAGCAGCGCAAGGAGGCGAACGGCGGUCUCUCGGACGACGAGGGCGGCGAUAUCGACGAGGAGGACGAGGGUGGCUGGGACAACUGGGAUGUCGAGUCGGACACUGGCUCCGAGUCGAGUGGCUGGAACGACGUCAUUUCGGACGACGAGGACCUCGUCAUUAGCGACUCGGAGGACGAGGACGGCAAGCCCAAGACGAAGAAGAAGCUCGGUCGUAAGGCCCAGGCUGCCGCCGACGCAGCCAUGGACGCCGAGGACGACGUUGAGAUGGCCGACAACGAUGACGAUGACGCCAAGUCGGUCGUGUCGGUUGCCACUACGGCCACGUCUGAGGCCAAGAAGAUGUCGCUUCUCGCCCAGCAGAAGAUUCUUACUCCUGCCGACUUUGCACUCCUCAACGAGCUCCGUCUCAAGGCUGCCCGCGAGGCUGCCGAGCAGGGUGGUGGUACUGCUGCCAAGCGCAAGCUUGCCCAGCUCGAGGCCGCCAAGCGCAGCUCGUCGAACGACGAGCAGUCGCGUUUCCUCACCGAGGACGAGAUCCUGGGUGCUCGCAAGCGUACAAAGCAAAACUACGAGGAGCGUAUGGAGAGCAUCCGCAAGGGUCGCGAGGGCCGCGAGAAGUUCGGUUCGGCCAAGGGCAGGAAGACUGGCACGCCCAGCUCGACGACCAACCGCGAGAAGAAGCGCAACAAGCCCCUCAUGAUGGCUGUUCACUCGAACAGUGUUGUGCAGAAAAAGAAGGCGUCGCUGCGCGACAAGCAGAUUCGUCUGCGUGCUGCUAUCGACAAGCAGAAGAAGAUGAAGCACUAG